AUGAUCCUGGUGGAUGCGGACCACCUGGGAAGUACUUCCGGACCCCCUCGCCCUUGGGAGAGUAAAAGUUGGACCGAUCGAGAUGGCUUUGACAUCGACCCUAUUCUUGGCCCAUCAGACAAUGAGAUGGUUUCACUGAGAGGAUGCCGUGACGUAAGCAGCUUUCGCUUGCCUGGACAAGAGCUGGAGGGGAUCGUCGUCGGCACCGUCUUCGCCGCAGAAGUUUACACCUCCAAGUAUGACAACAUCGACGUCGACAAGAUCCUAUCCAACGACAGGAUCCUCAGCCAGUACAUCAAGUGCCUGAUGGAUGAGGGAAACUGCACCAAUGAGGGUCGGGAGCUUAAGAGUGAGUAA